AUGAUAUAUUCUUAUACGUUUCUCGUAUUACUUGUUCCAAUUGAUGUGGUUGUAUGCUCCGCGGAACCCGAGAAUGUACGAUUGCUGGCGCGUAUCUCGCAACGAAGCAACUUGAAGUACAUAAAAACAGUGAUGGAUAACUUCAACGACCGACUUCGAGCUGACUUUUGCGACUCCUGCCUUGGGUUUCUCGCUGACGUUCCGGAGAUCCAGUUUUUCGCUCAGCUGAUCCAGGCAUUGGUAUACCGAGGGAUCCAUUGCGAUAAGUCCCAUGAGUUGUGGUUCAACGUGCAGGGCCACCUUACCCGGUUUGGAUUGCAGGAGUAUGCUAUCGUCACUGGAUUGCAUGCUAGGUUGUUUUCGGAGGGUGAUCGGUACACAAAGGCAUUGGAGAAGAAGAGGCUGAAGGAAAAAUAUUUCAAAUCGCUAGAGAAGAUUUCAUGUGCCCAGUUGGAGAAGGCCUUUCUCCACGCGUCGACACCCCGGGCAGAUAGAUACAAGCUCGGGCUUGCUCUAAUUGUGGAAGGAGUUAUCACUACUCCGAACAACAAUGUCGGCAUUGAUGAGGAUACGCUUGCCAUCGUGGACGACCUGGAGCUGUUUUUUGCGUACCCCUGGGCGAAAGUGGGUUAUAGGCGUUUGUUGAAGGGAUUCCGGGGUACUUGGGCACGUAAAAUGAGCGAUGCGAAGAUGAAGAACGAGAAGGACGUCAGUUACACAAUUCACGGAUUUCUGAUCGUCAUGCAGAUUUGGGCAUAUGAGGCCAUGCCCGAACUCGGCAAACGCUUUGGUGGGCGUGUAGGUGAACGCUCACCCCGGCUUCUGUGCUGGACCUCUACCAAACAACCACAGCAGUGUACAUACGAUGUGUUCUUCAGGGACGUACAGUGUGGUGCCGUUCCCGACCGUCCAGUGCAAUUUUUGGACGACCUCGCUAGGAGGGUUGUCGGCCCACAGUUCCAUGAGGCGGCACCAGCUAGUGGGAGAGAUGACGGUAGCGAUGCGGGUGACGGGCAUGACGACGAGUCCGGUGCAGGGGCCGAGGACGUUGACACAUCCGUGAGCGAUGGCCAUCAUACACCGGAGGGCAACGGGAAGAAUGGGUCUAAGUCUGAUGACAGUGGAGAAAGCGGUUGCGACCCCUCCAGCGAGACCAGUGGUAGUGACAACGAGAAUGAAGUGGAUGCCUCGGGACAGCAAUCGGGUGCAUUACCCACUCCAGUGGUUGCCCCGUCCACAUCUGGGGUUCAGGGUACGCGUGGUGGAGCGACUUUGACGAGGGAGGACGUGGAGGGCAUUUUGUAUGACUAG